AUGUGCCUUAGUGCGCUGGUUCUGGUGUCUCUAUCAGCCUGCAUGGCAUUGGGACACCCAUCCUCACCACCUGUGGUGAACACCAGGCAUGGCAAAGUCCUGGGGAAGUAUGUCAGCUUAGAAGGUUUCACACAGCCUGUGGCCGUCUUCCUCGGCGUCCCCUUUGCCAAGCCUCCUCUUGGAUCCCUGAGGUUUGCUCCACCACAGCCUGCAGAGCCCUGGAGCUUUGUGAAGAAUGCCACCUCCUACCCUCCUAUGUGUUCCCAAGAUGCGGUGAGAGGGAAGAUAGUCAAUGACCUCCUAACGAACCGCAAGGAGAAAAUUGAUCUCGAGUUUUCUGAAGACUGUCUCUACCUGAAUAUUUACACUCCUGCCAACUUGAUGAAGAAGAACAGAGACAGGCUGCCGGUGAUGGUGUGGAUCCACGGAGGAGGACUGGUGGUGGGUGGGGCAUCCACCUAUGAUGGACUGGCCCUCUCUGCCCAUGAAAACGUGGUGGUGGUGACCAUUCAGUACCGCCUGGGCAUCUGGGGAUUCUUCAGCACAGGGGAUGAACACAGCCGGGGGAACUGGGGCCACUUGGAUCAGGUGGCUGCACUGAGGUGGAUCCAGAACAAUAUUGCCAGUUUUGGAGGGGACCCGGGUUCUGUGACCAUCUUUGGAGAGUCGGCAGGAAGUGAAAGUGUCUCUGUUCUUGUGCUGUCUCCUCUGGCCAAGAACCUCUUCCACAGAGCCAUUUCUGAGAGCAGUGUGGUCUUCACUUCUGGGUUAUUUACGAAGGAUGUCUCUUCACUGACUAAAAAAGUUGCUGUUACUGCUGGGUGCAAAACCACCACGUCUGCUGUCAUUGUGCACUGCCUGCGCCAGAAGACGGAGGAUGAACUCAUAGAGGUCACGCUGAAAAUGAACUUCUUGAAGCUUGAUUUACAAGAAGAUACCAAAGAGCACUAUCCCUUUACACCAACUGUGAUUGAUGGAGUGGUGCUGCCCAAGGCCCCAGAAGAGAUGCUGGCUGAGAAGAAUUUCAACACUGUCCCCUAUAUAGUGGGAAUCAACAAGCAAGAGUUUGCCUGGAUCCUGCCAAACCUAAUGGAAUUUCCACCAACUGAUGUAAAACUGGACAAGGAGAUGGUCACGUGGCUCCUGACAAAGACUGCUUAUUUCUUUAACAUACCGGAAGAUGGGAUUCCUGCUGCCAUCGAGAAGUAUUCACUGGACACAGAUGACCCAGUCAGAAAUAGAGACUUGUUCCCAGAGUUGAUUGGGGAUGUGAUGUUUGGUGUGCCAUCUGUGAUUGUGUCUCGUAGCCACAGAGAUGCUCGAGCCACCACCUACAUGUACGAAUUUCAAUAUCACCCAAGCUUCUUAUCAAAACCAAAUACCGUGAUGGGAGACCAUGGAGAUGAACUCUACUCUGUCUUCGGAGCUCCUAUUUUAAGAGGUAAUGCCUCAGAAGAGGAGACCAACCUCAGCAAGAUGGUGAUGAAAUUCUGGGCCAACUUUGCUCGGAAUGGGAACCCCAAUGGGAAGGGGUUGCCAUAUUGGCCAGAGUAUGACCAGAAGGAAGGGUACCUGCACAUUGGAGCCACCACCCAGCCAUCCCAGAGACUGAAAGAUAAGGAGGUGACUUUCUGGACUGAGCUCAGGGCCAAGAAGUCACCACAGACAGACAGUACACACUGA